GUCACUAUUUUUUUUGGUCCGUCUAAAUAUUCCUCACUCCAAGUGGUAGGGAUAUAUACCACUAGCACUGAAGUUUCAAAAGAAAAAUGAAGCUUCCAAUCAUUCAGGAACACCUAUAUGGAUAAGUAUAUCAAGCAUUAAAUUUGGUGACCCAAAUCCCAAUAUUAUAGGGGUUAUGUCUGCAAAAACCCAAAAGUUUUGCUACAGUUAGAAACGGACAAAACAAGAAAAUCAAAAGCCAAGACUUAAAUCUGAAAAUUCAUUGUAGAGAGAGACAAAGAAAUGAAACAAGAAAGACUAUAGUAAAUUUAACGUUUAAAUCCUUAAUUAAAUAAGUUUGAUACUGUAUCUUUUUCUUCUUUAAACUUCAAAGAUUUAUGUGGAGGAAAGGAAUGCCAAGCAAGGCCAUUUUGGUGGACACCCACUUUUGAAAAGAAAGUUUCAGCCUUGGUGCACACCCAGAUAUUUUUUGAGGGAAAUUGGUUUGAAGUGAUCUGAAUUGAAGUAGAAAUGGGGUUGAUUUCUGGGAUGCUUUUGGGGAUUGUCUGUGGGAUCGGUUUAAUGGCUGCUUUGAAACGUAUGAUGAGGUACAGGAGCAACAAGCGAAUUGCUAAGGCAGUAGAUGUAAAAUUAAUGGGCUGCCUCAGCAGGGAUGAUCUAAAGAAAGUUUGUGGCGAUAACUUUCCUGAAUGGAUAUCAUUUCCCGUUUAUGAACAGGUCAAAUGGUUGAACAAACAAUUGAGCAAAUUGUGGCCCUUCAUUGCCGAAGCAGGAGAGGCUAUUAUAAAAGAAUCAGUUGAACCUCUAUUAGAAGAUUAUCGACCUCCUGGAAUUACUUCAUUGAAGUUCAGCAAAUUAUCAUUGGGCACUGUGGCACCUAAAAUUGAAGGUAUUCGUGUUCAGAGUCUUAAAAAAGGUCAAAUCACUAUGGAUAUCGACUUCCGAUGGGGUGGUGAUCCCAAUAUUGUCUUAGGUGUUGAAGCUGCAGUGGUUGCUUCUAUACCCAUUCAGUUGAAAAAUCUUCAAGUUUUCACUGUUAUUCGUGUUAUCUUCCAACUAACUGAGGAAAUCCCUUGCAUCUCGGCUGUUGUUGUAGCAUUGCUUUCUGAGCCAAAACCUAGAAUUGACUAUGUCUUGAAGGCGAUCGGUGGAAGUUUAACAGCUCUUCCUGGACUUUCAGAUAUGAUUGACGACACUGUAAAUACAAUAGUGACAGAUAUGCUGGAAUGGCCGCACAGAAUUGUUGUUCAAAUUGGUGGCAUACCUGUGGAUACUAGUGAUUUGGAACUUAAACCACAAGGGAAGCUCAUAGUAACUGUAGUCAGGGCUAAUGGCUUAAAGAACCACGAAAUGAUAGGAAAAUCCGAUCCAUAUGCUGUUGUACACAUACGCCCACUUUUCAAGGUUAAGACAAAAACCAUUGACAACAACCUAAAUCCUGUUUGGGAUCAGACGUUUGAGUUAAUUGCAGAAGACAAGGAGACCCAAUCCCUCAUCCUCGAGGUCUUUGAUAAAGACAUUGGGCAAGACGAGCGAAUGGGCGUUGCAAAGUUGCCUCUGAAUGAGCUAGUAGCUGACGCUGCCAAAGAAAUAGAAUUGAGAUUACUGCCAAAACUUGAUAUGACGCAAGUCAAAGAUAAGAAGGAUCGUGGAACUAUCACUGUAAAGGUGUUGUAUCAUGAGUUCAACAAGGAAGAGCAGUUAGCUGCUAUGGAGGCAGAGAAGGUGAUCCUAGAAGAAAGGAAGAAGCUGAAAGCAGAAGGGGUGAUCGGGAGCACAAUGGAUGCGGUUGGUUCAGGUGUCGGUAUGGUAGGAAGUGGCAUUGGGGCAGGCGUGGGGCUCGUUGGAAGUGGCUUUGGAGCUGUUGGCAGUGGCCUAAGCAAAGCUGGUAAAUUUAUGGGAAGGACAUUCACUGGCAGCAGCAGUUCAAAGAAGAAUGGUUCCUCUACUCCAGUCAACUCAGUUCAAGAAAAUGGUGGUGCAAAGCCACUCAAGACUGUUCUUGCAAAUACUGAUUAGUUAUGUGAACAAUAACUCAGCCCUUUUUCAUUUUUUAAAUUUUAAUGUGACAAUUUGCUGUUUGAAUAAUGGAAUUAAGUUUGGUGUUGAUAGAGUGGUGAUAAAAUAUGCCAAUUUGUGAAA